GUGUUCUUUUAUUAUUGAUUUGGUUCUUUUAUCUCACAAAAUGACUCAAUUUGUCCUACAUGUUUGGUUAAAAUACAGGGAAAUACCUUAAGUUUGUAUUAAUUUCCAAAUUAUAUAAUUGGAAGAGGCUUUCUUAUAUAAAAGAAGAAAUCUAGCUAGAAAUCAUCUUACCUUAUUUGCUAUAAAUUUCUUAAUAUUUGCUAGAUGCUAAUGAUGCCAGAUGCUAAUGAUAAAUUUUAUCAUCUGUAUUAGGAAUUAAAUAUAAUUGAGGUGACCUGCUCUCCUGCUCACAUCUGAGAUCUUGUGGUACCGAACCAUUCCUUUUUGAACUAGAUAGGGCACAUCUCCAUUGUUGAGUGUUAGUUGUAGUCAUAACCCUUACUUCAAAGGUUUUAUAUUGUAAACGUUUGACUUGAUAUAAAAUUAUUUCUAUACAAGAUAAAAAAAGUACGGUCUUAUUUUAGUUCAUCUUAGAAUGCACAGGAGAAUAACUAUGCAAAGAAUGUGGAUAGAUAGUGCUUUUUCUCCCUUUCGAUUUUGUACUGCAAAAUACCCCAGGAAAUUGACACAAAACCAAAUCCAAAGACUUACACAGACAGUACAGUUCAAUUUUAGUGAAAAGAGUGAAGAAAUCUUCAAAAAAAUUCUUACAGACUCCAGUUUUUAUUUUCUUGGUGGAAUGGUAACUAGAUACCUACUUAGUUUCUUCUUGUGUUGGGUCUGUUGGGAGGAACUGAAUGUUGAUCCUCCUCACAUAUUUCCAUGGUAAAACUGAGCUCAUUUCAUUUGUCACUUAAUAUGUGCAUUAGGAAAACUUCAUAGCAGAAAAAAAUAUGUUUAUAUGAAGAUAUAAAAUGUCUAAACUGAAUGUGUAAUGAACAAAGGCUGACAAAGGAGGCUUGGGCUGCGAAACAGUAUCCUGAACGCUACAGAAAUGGGGACGGGAGGCAUGGGCAACAGAGAACUUUGUCCUGUUCAGAGAUCCCCAGAGGAUCCCUGUCCCCUCCCCCCAACCUCCUGCCAGAAUGUUGGAUUUCAAAGAAUGAACAGAUUAACGGAUAUCAGGAGUAGUGUGGCCUGGGUUGAGAAUAAGGAUAAUUUGCCUGAGUUAUAGUACUGGCUGGAUCAUUACAGUCUGCCCACAUGGCAUCUCUCUGUGAGGACAAAGGGAACUUACCCAAGGAACGUUAAAGCUACUGCUGUUGGAAGGAAGUCAUAUGGUAAGGGAACCAGAAAAGGCCAAGAGCAAGUAGAAAUACAGUCCCUAAGUCUGUAACCCCAAGAGCUGGACAGCAGCCAUCCCUAAGGGAGCCAGCCCAGAUCUGGGGCUGAUACUUGAGUCUCUGAGGCUCAACAUGCUAGGCAGAGCUGCUGCUGUAGGACGGAAGCCCUGCAGUGCCAACUGAUUCACAAUGGCUGUUUCAGUGGCAGCCUCUUUGAGACACCCUGCCUCUAUACUGUCAUCAUGGAAAAACCAAGGGGCCUCGAAAGAGGGUAAGGUAAAGUUUCAGAUUUGGGCUCAGCAGAAGAGGAACUUGAGGCUGGGGCAAGUGCCAGAACCCUCGUGUGUCAGAUUGGGGAUUGUGCUGCUGUUGGUGAUUUUCCUGCCAAGCAUGUACUGUGACCUGGGAUCUGUAUAUUACUCUUCUUAUGAAACGGUCAUCCCCAAGAGCCUGACAGUCAAGGGAAGGGAAGACCCAGUGGAAAAGGCAUCCUAUAUGCUCUUAAUGCAGGGCCAGAAAUGGAUGAUUCACCUGAAGGCGAAGAGAGACUUUUUUGUGAAGAACUUUCCAGUCUUCAGCUACCACAGUGGCGUCCUGGGGCAAGAAAUGCCUUUCAUCUCACAUGACUGUCACUAUGAAGGCUACAUAGAAGGAGUCCCGGGUUCUUUUGUUUCUCUCAACACCUGUUCAGGCCUCAGGGGCAUCCUGAUUAAGGAGGGGAAACCCUAUGGCCUUAAGCCCAAGGACGCUUCGAAACGCUCUGAACAUGUGUUGUACACGAUGGCACACCAAGCUCGAGUCUCCUGUGGGGUCACUUCCAAAGGCAGCCAAGUGGCGCCUGCCAGCCGGCAGCAGGGGAGCAGGAAGCCUCACAGUCCACAGGCACCGUCCUCCUUUUGGUCACACACCAAGUACGUGGAGAUGUUCGUCGUGGUCAACAACCAGCGGUUCCAAAUGUGGGGCAGUGACGUCAGUGAGACGGUCCAGAGGGUCAUGGACAUCACCGCUCUGGCCAACAGCUUCACCAGGGGGAUAAACACAGAGGUGGUGCUGGCUGGAAUGGAGAUUUGGACCGAGGGGGACCUCAUAGAAGUCCCGGCGGACCUGCAAGUUACACUCGGGAAUUUCAACAGCUGGAGACAGGAGAAGCUCUCCUGUCGCGUGAAGCACGAUGUUGCCCACAUGAUCGUUGGACAUCACCCUGAAGGAGACGUGGGACAGGCAUUUCUCAGUGGUGCCUGUUCAAGUGGCUUUGCGGCAGCCGUUGAGUCCUUCCAUCAUGAAGACGUCCUCCUGUUUGCAGCGCUCAUGGCCCAUGAGCUUGGGCACAACUUGGGUAUUCGGCACGACCACUCGGCCUGCGCUUGUAGAGAUAAACGCUUGUGCCUCAUGCGUGAAAAUAUCACCAAAGAAGGUGGCUUCAGCAACUGCAGCUCUGAUUACUUCUACCAGUUCCUCCGGGAACACAAAGGGGACUGCCUAUUUAACAAGCCUCGGCCCCAACAUCGCCUGCGUAGGAAUGCAGAGUGUGGAAAUGGUGUGUCGGAGGACAAUGAGGAGUGUGACUGCGGACCUGACUGUGGUGAUCACCGGUGCUGUGACCAAACAUGUAGGCUGAAGGAGCAUGCACAGUGUAGUGAUGGACUAUGCUGUUCUGAUUGCCAGUUGAGACAUAAGGGAUUCAUGUGUCGUCCUGCUCUUGGAGAGUGUGACCUCCCUGAAUAUUGUGAUGGUACCUCCGGAGAAUGCCCCAUAGAUCGCUAUAAGCAAGAUGGCACAGUGUGUGACAGAAUUCACUAUUGUUUUGGCGGCCGGUGUAAGAACCCUGAUAAUCAAUGUGUGGAUAUAUAUGGGUCUCCUGCAAGGUCUGCCCCAGAACACUGUUAUAUUUCCAUGAACACCAAAGGAGACCGGUUCGGGAACUGUGGCUUGUGGGCCUCGUCUAGGACAAAGUAUGUUAAUUGCUCUGAUGAUCAUAUAUUUUGUGGGAAACUUAUAUGUACAAAUAUUAGACGGAUACCAGCAAUCAAACCCCACCAUACUCUGAUCCAGGUACCCCACAAAGAUGACUGGUGCUGGAGCAUGGAUGCCUAUAACAUGACUGACAUCCCCGAUGAUGGAGAGGUGCAUAACGGCACUCUUUGUGCCCCACACAAAGUCUGCAUGAAUUACUCCUGCAUUGAUCAUGCCGUGCUCCAUUACGACUGUGAACCUAAUGAAAUGUGUAACGGGAGAGGAGUCUGCAACAACUUGAGGCACUGUCAUUGUGAGGCUGGCUAUGCACCCCCUGACUGCAAAGCUGCAGGAAAUGGGGGUAGUGUGGACAGUGGUCCCCCCGGACAAUCCACUGAUGAAAAUCUAAGUGCAGGAGGAAGUGGCAGUCCUACUAAACGUAAGACUCAAAUGAGGGCUCUUGGCAGCAUAAUUUUCAUACUCCCUGGAUUUCUUCUAGUAUUACUGUUCAUUUUAAUACUUUCCAUUACCCUUAGGGCUAGAACUGAGUCACUAGAGACGACAGGAGGCUCCUCAGAGGAGAUCUCAGAGAUCACAGAGACUACUGUGGACAAAGAGAUAACACAGCCCUUACAAAAGCAACCCACAAAUACUGAAGAGAAGGGUCCAGAGGAGGCUCCACGGGAAGACCCCCCACUAGAGAAGCCUUCCCCACCGGAGGAGGCCCCCCAACCACAGGAAGUCCCACCGCCAGAGGCCCCAGGAGAGCCUGCACCAUAAGAGGUAGCAGGUGAAGGACAGGAAUAACCAAAGACAGAAUAGUGGAGGAAGAAGUCAAAUACAUCAAAUACCUCAAGCACCGAGUGGGAAUGAGAGGCUCAUAGAGACAAAGAUGAAGUGAGAAUUGAGAGCUCCAGUGGCUCUAACUGGACUACAGGGUCUAGAGAAACAGUAACCUGGGAGGAGGGAACCCAGAUUUCAAUACUGCUUGUAGUACUUUGGUUACACGUUGAUAUAAGAACUCAUAUACAAAAUAUCCUGCAGUUUUGCUUUUUCUCAUUUCACGAAGCAAUUUUACUUAAGCUCUUCUCAUGGAUCAUUGCUAUCAAUGUCAUGUAUUGUGUUUGGGUCAAUAUCUGAACUCAAGUUAUUUUUCAGGGCAAUACCAUCUUCCAUCUACAUUGUUUGACACAGUGUAUUAUCAGUACCUAUGUCAUGACUGUCCCUGGAUUAUUCACCCAAGUCACAUCAAUGCAUUAUUUAGGAACAUUAUCUAUUGAGCACUCUUAUUGCCAUGAAGUUUCUAUUCAUGAAGUAGAGGUAAUUUAAAAUAAAUAAAUGGCAAUUUUUGGAUGAAGCAUGGCUUCAGACUCCAUG